CAAUUUGUUGGGGUCAUUUCCAAACUCAGAUUGCAAAAACAAGUUCAAAGAUUGAAACAUGACUAAAAUUAAUGCUCGAACGUUGUUUGAUAAGAUUUGGGAUGCUCAUGUUGUCGAUGCGAAGGAUGAUGGUUCUGCUUUGAUUUAUAUUGACCGUCACAUUGUGCACGAAGUUACAUCACCACAAGCAUUCGAAGGACUCAGGAAUGCUGGUAGACCGGUACGAAGACCGGAUUGUACUCUUGCUACUUGUGAUCACAAUGUACCUACCGAUGACCGAAGUCAGGCAACUAGUGUGGCCAAGUUUAUCAAAGAGGCAGAAUCUCGUGUGCAAGUGAUGACUCUUGAGGAGAAUGUGAAGGCCUUCGAACUCACCUACUUUGGUCUUACCGACAAGCGACAAGGAAUUGUUCACGUCAUUGGACCUGAACAAGGAUUUACCCUUCCCGGAUCGACUGUAGUAUGUGGGGAUUCACAUACCUCUACACACGGUGCCUUUGGUGCAUAUGCAUUUGGAAUCGGAACUUCCGAAGUCGAACAUGUCUUGGCUACUCAAUGCUUACCUCAACAAAAGAGCAAAAAUAUGCGCAUCAGAGUCAAUGGUACCCUUGCUCCGGGUGUAACUAGCAAGGAUGUUAUUUUACAUGUGAUCGGUGUCAUUGGUACUGCUGGAGGCACGGGUCAUGUUAUUGAAUUUUGUGGAAAGGUUUUUGAAGAUAUGUCAAUGGAAAACCGAAUGAGUGUUUGUAACAUGUCUAUCGAAGCUGGUGCUCGAGCAGGUCUGGUCGCUCCAGAUGACACUACUUUCAAGUAUUUGGCUGGAAGACCCCUCGCACCCAAAGGUGCCGACUGGGAUGCUGCCGUAAAGUGGUGGAAUACUCUCAAAACGGAUCCCGAAGCCCAUUUCGACAAGAGUAUCGAUGUUGAGGCAAAAGAUAUCGGUCCGACUGUCUCGUGGGGUACCAGCCCUCAAGAUGUAGUUCCCAUCACUGGCCUAGUUCCUGACCCUAGCUUGGCCAAAGAUGACAGUGUAAAGAAAUCGAUGCUCCGAGCGCUAGAAUAUAUGGGCUUACAACCAAACACCCCUAUGGAAGAUAUCAAGAUCGAUAAAGUUUUCAUCGGUUCCUGUACUAACUCUCGUAUUGAGGAUUUGAGAUUAGCUGCCUCGGUAAUUGGACCAGAUCAGCAUGUUGCUCCCGGAGUCUAUGCAAUGGUAGUCCCUGGGUCUGGUCUCGUCAAGUUACAAGCUGAAAAGGAAGGAUUAGAUCGUAUCUUCAAGAAGGCAGGAUUCGAUUGGCGAGAGGCUGGUUGUUCAAUGUGUCUCGGAAUGAACCCGGAUCAACUCAAGCCUGGUGAAAGGUGUGCGUCCACUUCGAACCGAAAUUUCGAGGGUCGACAAGGUCCUGGAGGACGAACUCACUUGAUGAGCCCGGCGAUGGCGGCUGCAGCGGCUAUAGCCGGAAGGUUUAUUGAUAUACGCAAGCUUUCGAUGCCCGAUCCUCGUUCCAAGUCCAGCCCGAAAAUCCUUCCUGUUAUGGAGGCCGAGCAAGUUGACGCCAACAAGACUUCUGAGCAAGCUAAUGUUGCACAUCCUGUUGAUGAUGCCCCAGUUCAGAGUGCGGGUGCGGUUAUCAAAGGCGCUGGAAGCUCCGCCGGAUUACCCAAUUUUACGAUUUGGAAAGGAAUUGCAGCUGUUUUAGAUGCCGCUAAUGUAGACACUGACAAGAUCAUUCCAGCGGUUUACCUAAAGACUAUCAAACGAACUGGCUUGGGACAAUUUCUAUUCCGAGCCAUGCGUUUUCAGACAAUCGAUGGCCAAGAACAACCUCGUCCUGAAUUUGUUUUGAAUCAAAAACCUUUCGAUCAAGCAAAGAUCUUGAUUGUCACAGGCCCUAACUUUGGGUGUGGUAGUUCGAGAGAACAUGCACCAUGGGCUUUGUUGGAUUUUGGAAUCAGAUGCGUCAUUGCUACUAGUUUUGCCGAUAUCUUUUAUAACAACACCUUCAAAAAUGGAAUGCUUCCCAUUAUCUUGCCUCAAGAACACGUUGACACUUUAGCCGCCGAGGCUUCCAAAGGUGUUGAGAUCGAGGUUGAUUUACCUCAUCAAAAGAUCCGAAGCAAAUCACAGGAUGGGAAAACGACGGAAAUCGGAUUUGAGGUUGACGCCUUCCGUAAACAUUGUUUGAUCGAAGGUUUAGAUGAUAUUGGAUUGACAACCAUGAAGGAAGAGAAAAUCAAAGCUUACGAAGAGCUUAGAUCAACUAAAUGGCCUUGGCUUGAUGGAAUUGGAUACCAUGGUAAGAUUCCACUUGAUGGUAUGUUUAAUACUAAACCUAGCAAAUUAGAUUGGUAAAAAAGCUUUGUAAUCUCAAAGAUCACAAGAUAGUCAAUCAUAUGGUAAAGCCAAGUUUUGUUGUUUCAUUUUCUAUCAUAUCUGGUAAAAUUCUUAAACACUCAAAAUAUCUUACUAUUGUUACCAAUGCUCUAGCAUAUACAUUGCACUACAAUUGCAUUAUCAUAUCAAGUUACAUAAGCCAGUUGGAUGUUCAAAUAACACACAUAUUCAAGACCUGUUAUCAAUCACCAUAACAUCAUUUUCAAAAAGAUUACAAGGCCUUGUCAGAUCUAUUGAAAUGCAUGAACCUUGGCUGGCAUUGAUGAAGUGUUUAUUGACACUUCACUUGUGCAGAUUACUUUUUUGCAAUGUUAUACCACAAGGUCACUUGGACAAUCU